UCUCGUCGGGGUAGGACGUGUCUCGCAGAUGUGCACUCGCGAUAUACGAAAGCAUUCGUUGUCUUAAUUUGAGUAUUUCAGUGAAGUGCAGUGCCGGUUUGAUGAGUGUACUUAAUUUAACUGAUGUAGUUGAUGUAAAUAUGGAUACGAUGAUCAAUGUGUGGAGUGUUGUGGAGAGGGUGCGAGUGGACAGCGCUGCAGUCGAGCUGGCAAUCUUCACAGCAAUACUCUACUGGUUUUUUACAUCCAGCCGCGUUGCGGACAUGCUGGAGGUGGUGGGCGAGCGAGUGGGGGGGUGGUGCGGGAGGGAGGGUAGCUCACUGCGACAGGCGGUGCGCUCUCGUCGGCGGCACCACGACGUGUACGCCAAACUAGACGCCGAGAACACGACGCGUUCAACGUCACUGUACCGCAUAAAAGACGGUCCGGUGGUGCCACCUCCUCAGCCGCAGACUCGACCGUCAGCUGGUCUGGCGUGUGCCAGGUGCGCACCUUUAUCUAGGGACUCGUGGCAAGACGCCAAAGUCGCGGACCCCGGGGCCGUUAUCAAUAUCCUGGACAUCGGGCGGCAGACGUUCGCGAACGGCGGCGUCGUCUCCCGCUUCUUGUGCGAUCUGGCGCAGUGUUUGAAUCUCCUCAAGUAUGACUACAAGGACGUCGUGCCGAGCGUGGUAAUUGACGAACGCUUCCAAAGAGCCAUCGAAGAGAAGACAAGGGAGGAGCUGAAAAAAUGUGAAGGGGAGAAGAGUGAAUCUCGUUACGAGCAGGUCAGGAAGAGAGUGGAGGAGAGAGCUAUGAAAGUGCUGCGCGAUAUCAGCUCUGCAAUGUCGAAUAAUGUGUUGAGGUUCGUCGGGUGGGCGUGUCAUAAGGCCGUGCGUCGCGUCGCGGGCGGCGGCUGCGGUACACGCGCGGCGUGUAUUGAACGCUUGCGGCGCGCGAAGGCCGCCGGCCUGCCGCUUGUGUUCGUGCCCUUACAUCGCUCGCACUUCGACUACAUACUGGUCACCUUCACGCUGUAUCUCACCGGUCUGAGGCCGCCUUUAGUCGCGGCCGGUGACAAUAUGAGGAUACCUUUCUUUGGUUGGUUUUUACGCGGCUGUGGAGCUUUCUACAUCAGAAGAAGAGUAGAAGGCUCUGAGAGCAAUGGCGAUCCCAUUUACAAAUCUGCUUUGAGGGCCUACAUACUGAACAGCUUAGCCGCGAAUAAUAAUUUGGAAUUCUUUAUCGAAGGCGGUAGAACAAGAACUGGGAAACCACAAGCGCCCAAAGCGGGUAUAUUGUCUGUGAUAAUGGACGCUUACCUCGACGGUACGAUAGACGACGCUCUGUUGGUGCCGGUCACGUUGAACUACGACAAGUUGGUGGACGGAAACUUCGUCAGAGAACAGCUGGGGAUGCCGAAGCAGAUGGAAACGUUCUGGUCGGCGCUGAGAGGCAUUUGGAGGACUUUGAACACUAACCAUGGCAGCAUUAGGGUGGAUUUCAAUCAACCCGUGUCGCUGAAGGAAUUAGUUUCAUCAUUCCAAAAGUACAACCAUUUGAAAGCGCCGAUAGAGAACACACUGUCGCCGCCCAACAAUAACUUGACGGUAGACCUUGACAGACAGAUACUUUACAACCACAGCCACAGCAGUCUGUACGGAGCUGACGUGAGUCUAGACCACAAGAUGAUGGUGGAAGCGAUCGGGAGGCAUCUGGUAUACGACGCGGCGGAAUCCACGGCGCUGAUGUGUACGAACGUGGUGUCUUUUGUUCUUCUCACGGAACAGAGGCACGGCUGUACCCUCAAGCAGCUGGAAGAGAGUGUGGACGCCAGGGGACAGGCGCUGCUAAAAGAUGGAAGAGACCUGGGCUACGCUGGAGACACCACCACAGUUGUAAAGCAUGCUUUAGACAUGCUGGGUCGUGGUCUGGUCCGCAGGGAAGGGAGUGGUGAUAAGACCCGCGUUCGUCCCCAUCUCGGUAUCGCGGCCUCACUUGAGCUGUCGUACUACGCGAAUGCGGUCGUUGCGCAUUACGCAGCUCCAGCUAUUGUUGCGGUGGCCAUCGAAAGUAUACUGUGCGAGUCGAACGAAGAUGACGAGGAAGAGUACGUGAGGCAUAACGAGAUAAUGGAGCGAGCGCUACAAGUGUGCGGAGUGUUGGGGCUGGAGUUCAUACUGUGUGCGCCCUGCCAGCGGCUGGACGAGAGGCUGCAGCAGGCGCUGGGGGCUCUGGUGGCCGCUGACGUCAUCAGCGCACAGACGCAGAACAUUCUCGAGGAGCAGAUGUGGUCGCAACGUUUCGCCAAAUCUCUAGAGGAUGACGAAGAUGAUGAACAACAACCUGAUCCGACUCAGAAGAUCAAAUAUAGGAUAUCAACAAGACCCGAAGCUAUUGCAGAAAGACGUUGUCUAAUACGCUCACUAAAGCCAUUGCUAGAAGCUUACUCAGCCACAUGCAGAAGUCUUCGAACGGCUUCGCAAAAGGAAGUAGUCACAGAAGCGCUCGAUUUGCUCACCGAGGCGUAUACACAGAACAAGAUGCAAUAUGGUGAAUCAGUGUCAACAGAUGCAAUAAAGAAUUGUCUACGCUUGCUGCGACAGUGGGGCGUUAUAGACAUGUACACCGAAAACAAGGAACGGAAAAUCAAAUUGUUGCACCCGUACAAUAACAAACAGAACUUAGACAAUAUAUGUAGUAAUAUUUACAAGUAUAAUAUGGACACGCCCUUGUUGAAGUGAAGUGAACUGUAGUGAUAAUUAUGACUAGUGAAUAAGCAAUGUGUGAUGACAUAUGUGCUGGUUUUAUGUCCAAAUAACUGUAGAACAAACGGAGAAAAGUUUGUGUGAUGUGUAGACGAUAGUAUAAAAUUAACUGAAGAUAUGUUCUGGGUAUAAAAUUAUAAGUUAUUUAUUAAUUUAGGUCUGAAAAAACAUUUUACCAUAAUAUAACACCAUUACCAUUUGAAUUUAUAUAUAGCAUUCUUUAUUUUCAAAUCUGUAUAAUAAAACACAAAGCUCAAUCUAUGAUGGCGAAUGCAGGGUUGUGUUUGAUUUAAUAUAGAAAAUGGUUCUAUGGUACUUUAACGACAUCAACUCUGAUAAAAAACUAUAGGUUUUUCAUUUAAUGACAUAUUCACCAUUUUAGUGAAUUUAGAAAAUGUACUCUGUAAGAUUUAAAUAUUAAUGUGUUUCAAGUCUCGUAUAUCAUCGGUUAGUUAGUUUUAGUUUCAAUGUAUUGUUUACGGCAAACAUAUUGCCAGAAAAAAGGUUUUUCAGUUUCAUAAGACUGUGACAGGGUUUCUUAUUAAUUUUGCUUGAUAAGGGACUAUGAGAAUAAGUAUGUAGAUAUAGAUACUAUUUUCUUCUGUUUUAGAGUCAGAAUACUACAUUGCUCAUAUUAUCUUUAAGUCAUAUAGAGUCUUUAAAGUAAUAAAAAAUGUAUUUAUUUUACCUGUGGUUAUUAUGAUAUUGCAGUUCAUAAUAAUAAAAAUGUUGGUUCAUUAUGUUUUGUCAUUAUUGAGUCUUAAUUUCAAAUUGCAUUGAAACUUCAUACUAAUACGUCAGAUAUAAAUAAAUUGUAACCGGCAUAACAUAUGUGAAUGUAAAGUAUUUUUAGAAAAUAGGAAAGACAAACUUUGUACAAUAAAUUUGGUGAGGUUUGUUAGGUAGUUUUUUUUUAUGAUAGAUAAAAAGUACUAUUAAUUUGUAGUUAAAUAUACAACGUACAACCCCACAGGGUUGCCACCGCAGCAAGUACAACUUCAAAAUUUGAGGUUAUGUUGUCAAAAGAUUUUUUGACUGUGAUAGCUCCUUAUAUCAUAUGUUACCAAAACAAGUUACAAAUAAAUAUUUUGCUAGCUGUUGAAGAAUAAUUUUUGUAUAUUCAUAAGCUGGUUUAAAUAUAAAAUACCAGUUCAGUAUGGAAUGGACUUGUUCAUUAAGCAUUGUCAUACCAAUCUAUUAAGUUUACUGACAACACUGUAUUUAAAAAAUUAAUAUUCACAUUAAACUAUUCAGUCACAUUGAUCACAAUAUAAUGAGUAAUAUUUUUCUGUCGCCAUUUUCAGUCUUACUAUUGCAGCUUAUCAGAUACAGCAAGUUACAAAUUAGAUUAUGACUGACUGUAGACUUUUAGGCUGAGAUCUAUAUACUGUACUCAGACUUUACUGCUGUAAUACUUACCUGAUUUUUGUAUUGCUCUGUCUUAGCUAACCUAUGUAUAAUUUAAGCUGUCAAAUGACUAUAAAAACUAAAUCAAAGAUUACGCUAAGCUUAAACUGAGCUAAGUUUUCCUUGCGUAAGUAAAGUCUGAGCAUUGUCUAAGUAUGCUCUAUAGAUGUCAGGAAGUUCCCUUUGGGUAUGGAACCAUAAAAAGAGACAAUAGUUUCCUAAACCACAUUAUUGGGUAGUUAUUUUUAAGUAAUAGAAUGAGCAAGAUACCUACUUGGUGUGAGUGGAUUCUGCCCGUUACAUGUACAAUAUAGUAUAAGUAUGGCUUUUAGAACCCUGAUAUCCUGAUACUGCACUCAUCUACUAUUUGGUGGCUGUAAUACUAGUGGUAGUACAGCUCAGUAUAAUAUAUGUUAGAUUUUCUGCUACUAUAAUUCUGUCCCACUCAUAUACAGGUGGAACAGUCGUGGGCGCAUAUUUAUAAUAUUAGGACAUGCUUGACGGCUAUGGUCAGUGUGAAUACAUGGAAGACUCCUUUUCUCAGAAAAAAGACCCAGUGAGAUAGGUGUUUGCCAGACAGAAAAACAUCGUCCAGUUAAUUUCACCUGUAUAUAACCAAUAUUUAACAAUAACAACAAUAUUUAAGUACAAGAAUUGCUCAUUUAACCGACUUCAAAUGAGGAAGUUCUUAAUUCGUCUAUAUGUUUUUUUUUAUAUAUAAAACGAUUAUUAUUAUGCAAUAAUAAUAUGUAAUUGGCAGCAGGCUAAUUCUGUCGUGUUUUCACAGAAUUACCCGAAUUACUACUUGUCAGAUCGUACAAAACUUUGGACAAUGUUUUUUCUGAGUGUUGCUUAGUAAAACUUGGGUAUGCCUAUAUUUUGUAACAGAGUAUAAAUAAUGAUCAUUUAGGUACAUCGUGUUUGAUAUUUUGUUCUGUAAUCUGUGGAUGUUUGUCAUUUUGAAAGCUUAAAAAAUUUAAAAAUCUACACUAAUAUUAUAAAGCUGAUGUGGCUAUUUGAUGGUUUGAACGCACUUAUUUUUAAUCUGGCUUAGAUAAUUGUUUACAUGUUAUGUAAAAAAUUCCAGGCCUUAAAGUAUAAUGCAAAAUAUUAGUUAUUUUUGCUUACAUAAAAACUUAAUUUGGUUUAAUUAUAUAGUAUAUAAUAUGAACCAUUCUUGAAAAAUUACCUUACUGAUGGUGAAUAUGUCAGCAUCAAAAUCUUUUGCAUUGUUUAGAAAGAUUUUCUAUAUUAAUAGACAUCCACAGAUAGUAGAAACGAUAAUGAUGGCUGUGUUUAGUCUAACCAGUGGUUAUUUUGUGAUGUUCUGAAUGGGAAUCUGUUAUGUUCUUGUGUGUGUUGAAAAAUUGUUGUUAAAAUUGACACGUCACAUUGACAUAAAUUGGAUUCCCUUAUUAUAGGUAGCAUGAGCUGUUUAUGUAUAUAAACUUAUUUUUAUAUAAAGGGAAGAUUACGAGUUUAAAUAUAAUAAAUAAACAUCAUAGAAA